AUGUGCCGCAAUGGCUGGCAUCUUUGGACGGUCGUGCUCUUGCUACGGAGCGCUGUGGCAGCCGCUAAGCUUGCCGUAUUGAAGGUCCAGCAGCCUUCAGAUCUGUCUCAGUUCGUCGGGGUGUUCGGUGCCUUCGGUGGCAGCGCUCCCGAGGGAGAAUUAGACAUAGCAGUUCCUCCUGAAGAGGACAGCAUAGGCUGCUCAAGCUACCAGCUUCCGUUGUCAACGAGGAAAGUCAUAAGCCUUGUGCAACGAGGCAACUGCACCUUUGUGGACAAGGCACUGAAUGCACAAGAAGCAGGCGCUGCUGGCAUUCUGGUGGCCUUUGACACAGACCAGGUUGCCGAAAUGGGCGGCUCGAAUAGUUCUUCGGAAGAUCAGAAGGUGCGGGUUUUUGCCGUGGCGAUCGGCAAGAGCAUGGGGGCCAAGAUCUCCAAGCACCUCAGGUCCUUCCCGCCAGAUCCCGUCGUGGUCUCAGUGACUGCUUAUGAGCCUUCGGUCAUGAACUUGUCGGAAUUCAUUUUGAUCCUCAUCGCCACCGGUCUCGUCGCUGCCGGAACCGUCUUUUCCACAGCGGACAUGCGGCAGACCGGCUUCGGUUCGGCCAUCGCGCCGCAGGCCGAGGAAGUGCAAGAAGUUGACACCGUCAUGGCCGGUAGCUUCUGCAUCGUUGGAAGCGCAAUGCUCGUCUUCCUCUUUUUCUUCAUGAAAUACAUGAUCUAUGUCAUCAUGUUCAGCUUCUGUGUUGGUGGUGCCCUGUGUCUGGCACAGUUCAUCGCUAUGUCCCUGCAUCACUACGUUCCAAGACUGAAGCACCGGUUGUUUGACCUGCCUCAGAUGGGUCCAGUCACGGAGGCUGAAUGCAUUGCGGCAGUGCCGGCGGUGGCACUGGCCAUGUGUUGGUUCAUCUUGAGAAACACCGAGUACGGAUGGCCCUUCCAGGACAUCAUUGGAGCAGGGUUUCUUUGUUGGAUGCAGCGGACUUUGAGGUUGCCGAACCUCAAAACGGCGACCGUGCUCUUGACAGCGAUGUUCUUCUUCGACAUCUACUGGGUGUUCAUUUCGGUGCACCAGUUCAAGCAGAGCGUGAUGGUGAGCGUCGCCACCGGCGCUGGGACUGGAGAAUCGGUGCCCAUGCUGAUCAGGAUACCACAGUUUGGAGAUCCUCUGGGCGGCGAUCGUAUGCUCGGGUUUGGCGAUAUUGCUUUGCCGGGGCUUCUGGUCUCCUACCUGCGGAGGCACGACCUCACGAGCCACCGGACCUUCUGGGAAGGCUACUUUGCGCCAUCUUUGUUGGGGUAUUUCUGCGGGCUUUGCGUCACCAUCGCGGCCUUGUCUAUCAUGAAGAUGGGUCAGCCCGCGUUGCUGUACCUGGUCCCGGGAACGCUGGGGACAACCGUCGUGCUGUCUCUUUGCAAAGGGGAACUGCAACUUCUUUGGGAUGGGCUGCCCGCAAGAGGCUCUCGUCGAUUGGAGGAGGGGGGCGCCAACACUGCGCGGCUGACAUCGGGACAUCGGGCAGACUCUUCGAGGCUUCGACGGCACAGGCAAAGGAUAAAGCGCGAGUACCAAGGUCAGCUAAUGCGAGUCAAGCAGUUCGAACUCUUCAGAGAGGACAUACGUGAUUUGAUGGAGCUCACGGUUGCCAAAAUGGACAACUACUUAAUUGUGAACACGAUCCAGGCCAGGCCCGUCUUUGCCGCCUUUGAGAGCAUGCGUGAGUUGUCUGGGUGGCAGCUUGUUCGUUUACCCAUCCCCAGCAAGGAGCAAAUGGAUGCAGCGCGUGUGCUGGCGACAGACUUCGAGGGUGCUCAGACGAGGGAGAUGUUCCGAGUACCGGUGGUGAAAGAGCAGCUCAAAAAGUUGCAAAGAAUCGUAGAUCAGGAUGCCUUCGAGGAAGAUGCGGCGGAUGCAAGCGCAGACAUUUCCAACGAUGCCGUGGCAGAGGAGACCAUGCUGGACUCAGCGGGGCAGCCAGUGGCCACCGACACCCUCAGCCACGUGAAGCUUUACAGGAGGAUGCAGGCCAACUGGCAAGCCUAUGACGCAUACGCACGGGUGAGCAUGGCCCUGGGCACCAACCAGUCGUCCUACUCGUUGAUCUUGGCACUGGUGUUGAACACGCUGCCACCCUUCAUCACUGGCGUCUGCUUGAUUCUUCACUCAGUGAUGCUCGGCUGCACCUACCUUCUUGGCGACACGCUGGUACCUAUACCAGUCUUCCUCCACAUCAUGUGGCUGUUGGUGCUGCUUUUAUGGGCGCAGGGCAAGACCAUCAACGGCAUUGCCCUGCCCACAACAUUUCGGGCAGUGCUUUACUUGGAUGUUUUUGGCUGGCUCAGCUCCUCACGUCAGGAGGAGACCUCCUGGACCCGUCAGCAAACUCAUCGAUCAGUAGAGGAGGAAGCUGCUGGAACCGGAGCCACGGCGUCUUUUCGCCUCAGCGUUGUCAGAGAAGAGGAGCCGCUGCAUUCUGAAAAUGUUCGUGUGCCCUUCCUGCCGAAUCCUGGUGCUGAAGAAGGAAGACGUGGACUUAAGACAUCCUUAGCACGCCUUUGCCGGGAGUUGAAAGCGGAGCUGCACCGUGACCUCUGCUGCUUCGAGCAAGAAGGGCUGGCAAGCCUCAUGUCGGACUACGACAAGGAGGAAGUGAAGGACAUGCGACGUCUGAUGGAGCGCUUGGACGCCAAGCUCCAGGAGGCCGCUCCAGAGACCGAAGAGGUCACGCUGCCGUCACAAGCAGAUUCGGUCUGGUUGAAGCUCGAAUGGAAUACAGCUGGCCAUGGCAUGGCCUUCUAUCGUCGAGUGGACUCCGAGGACACCAGCAUCGUCUGGACGGAGCCGCCGGCUCCGGCGAAGAUCCUCGAGAUGCAUGAAGUCAGGCAGAGGAUGGGGGGCUUGGAAGCCAAGGUCCAGAUGCUCGCGUCGCAAUUCCCAGCUCGGGAGGAAGAGGAGUCUAUUGCUUCCGGCCCUUCUUCCUCGUCCUGCUCAGUGGCGCCUGAGCAGCUUUCAAGGCCGGUUGGCUCUGCAAGCUCGACAACAUCCGGCGAGGUGGACUCUCUCUGGCAUGGGGCGCCGGACUUGGAAGCUGGCGGCCCGUCCUCGGCACAGGAGACACGCUUCGGUGGCAGUGAUGCAGCGGUGCAGCUCACCGAAUCGGAAGUUCGGCAACGCUCCUUCCGACCAAACGAGGCGGCUGCUGGAGGCUUCCAUCCACAUCGCGUGCCCGACAGUCGCGGUGAGCGUGACAGGCAGAAAGAGCCUGGACGUUUGCCUUGGAGCACUGUUCAGCAAGGCAGCCUUGUCCUGAUCGCGGCCUGGUGUGCGGGAUUCGUGUGGACGGUGCUGCGGUUGAUGACGGAUGUGGUGGACAUCCUGAAGCCACCGAAACCUCUACCUCCGCACCCGGAUCUGGGCCUGGUCUUUGCCGGGCCAUGGCCGCAGUUCUUCGAGCCCGAAGGGCUGUCGUGCCAGAUGGACGGUUCUCAGCCGAUGUUCUGGCUCGUGGAGAAAUACACCGUCCACCAGCUGGUCGCCGACCAGAGCUGGACCCUUCGCACGAGUCCUCAGGAGGCAGCGUGCUUGUCCAAAGCACCAGAGUUUCAUUCCUCCGGGCUGCGUGGAAUUUCGCUGCGAUGCUCUGAUGUGACUCGCAAGGAGGCUUGUCUCCCGAUGCUUGUGGGUGUGGAUGGCAACGUCCUACUCUGCAACCACACCAUGCAAAGGCUUCACUUGCGCGGCGAUGCUUCCCACGUGGCCGCAUCAAGCGAAACGCAUCUGUUGAAGAGUACGCCUUCACCUGAGGGGGUGCUGGAGCUGGUCUCCACCCUUGAGCUAGGCCAGCAGCCCGUCGCCAGAAAUCAGCACUGGAUGGAUGUGCUGGAGGAUGGUGGCCUGCUUGCUCUCAGUGACCUAGGAGUCCUCCAUGCAUGGAGGCCAGUCGCCAACUCGGCACUGUGGCUUCCAUCAGGCUGGUUCUUCAACCUGCCCGAACUGGGGCUAAGGUGGCGGGGCCUCUGUACAGUAGGGAGGACUGCCUUUCUUCUGGGAAAGAGCAAAACUGCAGCAGGUCGAGUGGAGCUUUGGAAGAUGCAGCUGCCGUCCUGA